AUAAUUUUCCCUCGUAAAGAUAUGGUGUCACAUUUCGUGCUCCCUUUUUCUCUCUUCGUUUUUUUAAUUUUCGCAACCAAACACGGCCUGGCUGGAGAACAAAAAGGAAAAUCCUUUAACGAGAUAAUGUUCAUAGAACCUGGACAGGAAUUGGGCUACGUGGUUUCUUUAAUUUAAGUGCCACUUUCCAUCGACGGUUUUCAAAGUUUCAAAAGAAAAAUCGAGUCUUUUGUGAAGACACACGAGAACCAUCGAUUGUGGAGAAUUGAAAACCAAGCUAUAACUGUUUCCGGGGUGAGAUUGGGAUCCUCCACUUUCAAUGGCUUGCGUGAGAAGUUUAGAAAGAGAGCUUGACCUUAACUUUUGACUUGAAGUAAUAUAAUCCAAACUAGCUUCACGGCAGUCUUUUUGUUGAAGAAGUCUUUAACUAUUCAACCAGUCAACUUCACCAUUCUCUCUGCAUUCUCACCCUUUAAUUCAGUGUUACAGCUGAAAGUCAUUGCUGAUGUCCUCAAUGGGUGGUUCAACUGAUGAAAAUCUUGAAACAAAAGAGCCACAUGCGAGAAGUUUGUCAUCUUCAAAUGUCCAAGAACCAUAUGUACACAAGGUUGGAAUUCCUCCGCGGCAAAACCUUUUCAGGGAAUUCCAAUCCACUGUAAAAGAAACAUUUUUUGCAGAUGAUCCACUACGGCCCUUCAAGGAUCAAACUAAGUCCCGGAAGCUCAUCCUUGGCAUUGAAGCCAUUUUCCCCAUACUUAGCUGGGGGAGAACCUAUAAUCUCACAAAACUUAGAGGGGAUCUUAUUGCUGGUCUAACUAUUGCAAGUCUCUGCAUUCCUCAGGACAUUGGAUAUGCAAAGCUUGCAAAUUUAGAUCCAGAGUAUGGAUUAUACUCCAGCUUUGUUCCACCACUGAUUUAUGCUGUCAUGGGUAGUUCUCGUGACAUUGCAAUAGGACCAGUGGCAGUGGUUUCUCUCUUGUUGGGGACUUUACUUCAGAGUGAGAUAGAUCCUAUUGCUAACCCAAUAGACUAUCGAAGACUUGCUUUUACUGCCACUUUCUUUGCGGGGAUUACUCAAGCAACACUUGGGGUUUUAAGGUUGGGAUUUCUGAUUGAUUUCCUAUCUCAUGCUGCAAUUGUUGGCUUUAUGGGAGGAGCUGCCAUCACGAUUGCCCUUCAACAGCUUAAGGGCUUCCUUGGGAUUAAAAAAUUCACAAAGAAAACUGAUGUUAUCUCUGUGAUGUACUCAGUUCUGUCAUCAGCCCAUCAUGGUUGGAAUUGGCAAACUAUAGUAAUUGGAGCUGUUUUUCUGGCUUUUCUUCUGUUUGCCAAGUAUAUUGGAAAGAAGAACCCGAGAUUCUUCUGGGUGCCAGCAAUUGCCCCGUUGAUAUCUGUUAUUCUCUCUACUCUUUUUGUAUACUUAACACGUGCAGACAAGCAUGGUGUUGCAAUUGUAAAAAAGAUAAAGAGUGGCAUCAGUCCUUCAUCUGUGAAGGAAAUUUAUUUUACUGGUGAUUACCUUGGGAAAGGUUUCAGAAUUGGCAUCGUGGCUGGCAUGAUAGCAUUGACUGAAGCUACAGCAAUUGGAAGAACAUUUGCUUCCAUGAAGGACUAUCAAUUAGAUGGAAACAAAGAAAUGGUGGCAUUAGGUGCUAUGAAUGUUGUUGGUUCAUUCACUUCCUGUUAUGUGGCAACUGGUUCUUUCUCUCGGUCAGCAGUAAACUACAUGGCUGGCUGCGAAACUGCUGUAUCUAAUAUUGUCAUGUCUGUUGUUGUGUUCUUAACCUUGCAAUUCCUCACACCUCUUUUCGAAUACACUCCAAAUGCCAUUCUUGCUACAAUCAUUAUUUCUGCUGUCAUCAACCUUGUGGACUAUAAAGCAGCGAUUUUGAUAUGGAAGAUUGAUAAGUUUGACUUUGUUGCUUGCAUGGGAGCAUUUUUUGGGGUUGUUUUUGCAUCAGUUGAAAUAGGACUUUUAAUUGCAGUCUCUAUAUCCUUUGCAAAGAUCCUAUUACAAGUUACUAGGCCACGAACUGCAAUUCUGGGGAAGAUCCCUAGGACUACUGUCUACAGAAACAUCCAACAAUACCCUGAAGCCACAAGAGUUCCUGGUUUACUCAUCAUCAGAGUUGAUUCUGCAAUAUAUUUUUCUAAUUCCAACUAUGUUAAAGAAAGGAUAUUAAGAUGGCUGAUGGAUGAGGAAGAACAAGUGAAAGUAGACUACCAAACAAGAAUCCAAUUUUUGAUAGUAGAGAUGUCACCUGUCACAGACAUAGACACAAGCGGCAUCCAUGCACUUGAAGAGUUAUUUAGAAGUCUUCAGAAAAGAGAUGUUCAGCUUGUUCUGGCAAAUCCUGGGCCAAUAGUAAUAGACAAGCUCCACACAUCAAAUUUUGCGGCUUUGCUUGGUGAAGACAAGAUCUUCCUCACUGUUGCAGAGGCUGUUGCAUACUGUUCUCCAAAGUUGGCUGAGGAACCUUGAAGAAUAACACUUUCAAAAUCUGAUUUUGCCAUCGUUAGGGAAAUGAGGGGAAGAAAUGAAGUGGGGGAUGGUGGAGAUCAACCCUGGCUUUCAGCCGAGUUAGCUUUUCAAGAGAUGGUCCUACAAAAAGUUGUUACAAAUUGCCCUUAAAUUUGUGCUAGUUAGUGCUUUUGGGGUCCCUAUCCUAAAGAAAAAUGAUUCAUGUGCACAAAGAGCUACAUCAACACUUAAUAUAUACUUUCAGAAAGAACAAAAA